GGGGUGGUGGGAGAAGGAGGCGGCGGCGGUGAAUCUUUUAUAAAUGGCGCUGAAGCAGGACCCGAAGCCUAAAUUCCAGGAGGGUGAGAGAGUGCUGUGCUUUCAUGGGCCUCUUCUGUAUGAAGCAAAGUGUGUAAAAGUUGCCAUAAAGGAUAAACAGGUCAAAUACUUCAUCCAUUACAGUGGUUGGAAUAAAAAUUGGGAUGAAUGGGUUCCAGAAAGCAGAGUACUCAAGUACGUGGAUACCAAUUUACAAAAACAGAGAGAACUUCAAAAAGCCAAUCAGGAGCAGUAUGCAGAGGGGAAGAUGCGAGGGGCUGCCCCUGGAAAGAAGACUGGUGGGCUACAACAAAAAAAUAUUGAAGUGAAGACGAAAAAGAACAAACAAAAGACACCUGGAAAUGGAGAUGGUGGCAGCACUAGUGAAACACCUCAGCCUCCUCGCAAGAAAAGGGCUCGAGUAGAUCCUACUGUUGAAAAUGAGGAAACAUUUAUGAGCAGAGUUGAAGUUAAAGUCAAGAUUCCUGAAGAACUGAAGCCAUGGCUUGUUGAUGACUGGGACUUAAUUACCCGGCAAAAGCAGCUCUUCUAUCUUCCCGCCAAGAAGAACGUGGAUUCCAUCCUAGAGGAUUAUGCAAAUUACAAGAAAUCGCGAGGAAACACAGAUAAUAAGGAGUAUGCAGUCAAUGAGGUUGUGGCCGGGAUAAAGGAAUACUUCAAUGUGAUGUUGGGCACUCAACUGCUCUACAAAUUUGAGAGGCCGCAGUACGCUGAGAUCCUUGCGGACCACCCUGAUGCACCCAUGUCCCAGGUGUACGGGGCGCCACAUCUCCUGAGACUGUUUGUACGAAUUGGAUCAAUGUUGGCGUAUACACCUCUGGAUGAGAAGAGCCUUGCUUUAUUACUGAAUUAUCUUCACGAUUUCCUAAAAUACCUGGCAAAGAACUCUGCAACUUUGUUGAGUGCCAGUGAUUAUGAAGUGGCUCCCCCCGAGUACCAUCGGAAAGCCGUGUGAGGCGCGUGCACCCACCCAUGUUUGAUCUCUGUAAACACCUUUUUGUUUCUUAGUCCUUCUCUUGUACAAACAAUGUACUUUGGAAAUGUUCGUGUAUAACAAAAUUGAUGUUUGUUUUCUGUUUGAUUUUAAACAGAGAAAAUAAAAGGAGUUACAGCUC